AUGUCAACAGAUGACGAUAUAUUUGCUGAAAGUGACAGCAAUAUCUCGAAAUGCUUCUCUUCGAAAUUUCAUGCAAUACUCACUGCCCUUGAUUUUAUGGAUAUCAAAUGUUCCACAGAUAAUAAGUGUCUGGUAUUUCAUUUAACUGGCAGCCAAAGAAGAACAGCAUGGCAUAUUGCAAACACGGCAAGCUCUCGUGCCAAGAGUCUAAUUGCGAAACUUUCAGCUGAUGCUCAAUUUGAGACAGAUUUAUUAAGCGAUGUCAAAUUAAUUUUAACGGAUUCUAACUAUGAAUUCGAAUGCAACGCUUUGCUAUCUUCUAUUCAGACUCGAGAUUCCAUAGUAGAAGAUGAUGCUGAUGAUUUUUCAAACGAGGAGGACCAAUCUGAUGUUCUAGUUCUAUUCGGUUCUCCGGCUUCACUUUUUCAAAUCUUUCUCUCAAUUUCAAGCCUACAAAAAUAUCUUAUUGACUUGAUGCUUGAGUGCAUUGGAAAAGAGUCGAAAUAUUCAGCCUCGCUCCUUGCUCAAUUACUUCGACCUGUUGGUAUCAAAUCUUUUUUCACGCACUUCAGCACAAUUGAGGAAACAGCUAAUCGGCUCAUUGAAUUGAUUGGACUUGUCAAUGAUCAUCUGAUCAAAAGCCACAUUCUUCAAUCUCUUCCUGAUUUAAUGGCUUCUCCCAUUGAGGAAUCGCGACAGGAUUUUAGCUCCUCAACUGUUGGCGGAAUCAUCCAGAAGGUUAUUGAUUUAUUAGAAGGGGUUUUGCACUCAACUAACGAGGACUCGGAAAAUCACAUGCUUUUCAUGGAAAUAAUUGAGUGUGUAAAUCACUUUCCUCUUGAAGGUUCAGCUCUACAUCGAUUAAAGAGUGCUUGCAAAGAUGUUAUUCUUCGUUCAAUUGGCAGUCCAUCACAUCAAAAAUGCACGGUAGCCAUAAUUCGAAGUUUAUUUGCUAGUGAGUUGACGAAAUCAUUCAGUAGUGAGGAGAUUUGCGAAUUUAUCACAAUCCUUCGAAAUAGAAUGCAGUUGUCUAAAAUUAUGUUGGAGUCGGAUCAAAUCUUCACUCUCUACGUGGAAACUAUUAAUAUGAUUUUCAGAUCAGAUAAUCAAUUGAAGUUAGAGUGGCUCUGCUAUCUGCAUCGAGGCUACUCAAAGUGUGGAACAGACAAUUCCAAUAUCAUGGAUGAUUUCCUAAUUCUUCUUCUUGCCUACGAUUCAGAACUAUCCAUUGAAUGCAAGAGCGAUGCAACUAACCUCUCUAAACGCAAGGAGGUCUCGAUAAUCAUGAAAACUUUCAAAUUCGUUGCAGAAAGAUUAGUCCAACUUGAACUUUGUGAGUCACUCUCAAAAUACACUGCUACCUUCAGGCUAAAGGAACUGUAUUCCCCCCUCUUAAUUCUCACUAAUAAUCUAAUUACUAACAAUCAAUCGAAGUCAGCCCAUCGAUUCGCCUGUUUGGUCUACUUUUCUGUGUUUGAACUCGCGCCCUCUGGCCAAGCACAAGCUGAGCGUGUGAUGCGAGAUCUUUGCAAGAAUAUUCGUUCCUUCUACGCUGCGGAAGUCAGUGUUUUCACGAAGAAACGAACGCUUAACAGUGCUAGAGCUUGCCUUAACAUUCUACUUCAACUAUCCAUAAAGUACGCUAAUGGUAUUUCUGCCUAUUUUGAUAUCCUUAUCGGACUUCUUGAUGAAAUCGCUAAAAAGGCGGAAGGAAAUCUGCCCGAUAUUGAGGAUAUUCGAAAACUCUUUUUGGUUCUUGUUAAUAUCGCCUUUGGUAGAUCUGGUGCUGUUUAUGUCCAAGAUGAUCUCCUAAUUCGAAUUCGUCGGCUUCUAUUGGAUAGCUCCAAUAAACUCAAAGUUUGUGGUUUAAUUGGCGCUGUGACUCUUCUUGAAAUCUACUGUAGACGUGAAAAGAGGUCGCUAUCUCUGGCACCAAUUAAUAGUACUCCUUUGUCCCAAGCUGAAAUCCUGGAGUGCUCGCAAAGCAGCGUUUUAUCAAGACAAAUAUUAUCGCAACUUUCUCAGGUUACUACUGGGUCUGAGAAUGCAACACCUCGUUCAAGUCAUAGCCACAGUCAUUUAAGCUUGAAGGGCCCUGGAACCAGUCUAGCUGAUGAUUCACAGGAAAUAAACAUUCCCCUCGAUUCAGCAGAACUUGACAGCGUAACAAGCCCUCUUGGAGCCUUUGUUCCGACUCCCUCUCGUCUCCUGCUCCAAUUAGUUGGUUUGGUUGAAAAUGCAGUUAGACGGGGAGCUCUUCUCUCUACUCAAUUAAAGACCUUCUGGUUGGAUGAACUUGCAGCUAUGUUUGUUCGUCUCGAACUAGACUUUCGGAAAUCGGGAUCUUCAAAACUUGAAGUGAAGAAGUUCAUUGAAUGGAUGGGUAGUAAAGUAAUGCGUGAAUUUCAGGAGGAGUUCGUGGUUGAUCACACGCCUAGUUACGAUGAUAAUUGCACUUCCCAGUUGGGUUUAAAUGACUCAGAUAUUUGUGAAAUUGCCUUAAAAGUAGGCCCGACACUUGACAAGGCGUUCAGUAUUGAUGAUAAACCUCCUUUAUCCACAAUAACACGUAAUCGAUUGGCAAGUAGACGCAUGUCUAGACCUCUUGUUCGUCUCUCACCACCAUCACCAGCUCUUAUCCCAUCACAACUGCGUCUACUGGCCGUGGUAGAGGCUUUCAAGUCCAAUCGCUCCCUGGAUGCACUUAGUGCUCUUCUUGGAUGUCCCUUUGUUCUUCCAUCUGUGCCGCUAUCAGAUCUAUCUCCUUCUCAUAUCUUGAUUGUAACCAACUGCUGCACAGAGUCUGUCAACACCUUUGCAGGGGGCAUUCUUCUUCCGCCCUCCAAGCCGACUCCAAAUGCAACGCCUAGGCGUCAUCCCCUCACCUCCACACUUACUUGUCGUCUUAUUCAGAUAGCCAGUCUACGUUUAUGUCUUCAUGCUCUGCUCCUUCAGCGCAUCAAGAAUGCGGCUAUAACUGCAGCCAAGAUGCCUCUGCCUUUACCUAUUUAUGAAGAUCUUGAUGUCAUGACAUUUGAUCCGGCGUUUGUUCGAGCUUUUCCUGGUCGUCAGGCUUGUGUUAAGCGUCUCCUUCUCUUUACGCCGUCGAGCGGAAAGAAGGGCGCAAGUAGCAAAUUCGGGCAGAAGCGAAAGCCAAGAAGGGUCAAGGGUGGAAAAGCUGCCAAGCGUCUCUGCACCGAAAAGUCUCUAUUCGGAGGAGCAGAUGGUGAUGGAGAAGACAUUGCUGUUGAAGACGAGGACACGAAUGACGGUGUGGAGUCCACCAAUUUAAUGGAGGCUGACACAACGGUGGCUGCUGAACAAACUACGACAGUGGAUAAGAUGGCUGGAACUUCUUCUGGAGGCAAAUGCACUGUCUUAGUACAUGAUCCUCUACUUACCUGCCUGACACCUUGUUUCCGUGAAUUAGGACUACCGUCAAUUCUGCUUGGUCUCAUUGGCCCCUUCCAACCACCUGAGACAUUUCAGUGGAUUGAUGAGUCGGCACUCAUUGAGUCAUCACUUCCAGAAGCAACGAAUUCUGUCUACGACAUUUCAGGUGUGAAACACUUUGGUAAAGAGAAGUCUCCUGAUACACCACUUGAUUGGUUCACUGUCUCUUACCUCCUUAAUGAACUCAAACUGAAAGUGGAUCACCUUUGCGGUGCCGAGUAA